GGACGGCACAAGAAGAUGGCUAGUGAAGCUUCAAUGGAUAGUUCAAAAGUGGAAGGCGCGGGCGAGUGCGACGACUCUACGGCCGACCAGGCGCGCAGAGAGGCUGAGGAACGGUUCAAUAUUCAGCGCGCCAGAAUGAAAGAGCUUUUCUUACAGAAAGAAGAGGACCUGCAGCGUCUGAUGCUGGAAAAGCAGCAACUGGAGUCAGAAGUGAUGGGGCUGCAUGCCGAGUUGCAGCAGAUGCAGGUGUUAAGUGCAAAUCAGCAGUCUGAGCUAAAAAAUUUGCAGCUUAUAGUUGCUGAAACUGUUGAGGCGUCGUCAAGCGGGUCCGAGGAGGCGCGUCUGUUGCGUGCCCGCAACGCUGAGCUCGAGCACCAGAUUACUCAGCUCCGCGCGCAGAUACAGCAUCUACAACAGCAGCAACAGGAGGUGUCACUGGCGCCGGCCACGUUCGUGCGCUCCCUGGCCAGGAAGCUCACCGCUGACACCGACGUGCAGGACCAACCGCCCAGAAAGAAUGUCGAAGACGGGGAACUAGCGCAAUCUCUAAUCCAGCCGCUGGAAGCGGAAAUAUUUGCGUUAAAGAACAAACUACGAGAGACCGACGCGCAACUGCAAGAGGCUUUGAAAUCAAAAUCAGCAGUCGCCGCUUCUGCCGGUGACACUAAAACAGAUGAGAUCAGCCGGACUUGCGACAUGUGCGCGAACUAUGAGAAGCAGCUAGUGGCGGAGCAAGCCGCCGCAGACGCCGCCAGGGACAAAGCCUCCAAACUCGACCAUGCCCUUAAAUUGGCAACAGAAGAAUUAGAAGGCGUCCGCUCAAUACACGACGAAACUGUUCGGUCGUGGCACUCCGAAAGAGCCGCUAGUUCACAACAGUUAGAAGAACUUAAAGCUGCAGUCGAGGAGGCCAAAACGACACUUGAUUUGAAGGUGAAGGAAGCCGAACAAGCCUCUCAGCACGCCCUGGAACAUGUCACUACAUUAACGGUAGAUAGAGAAACGUUGCAGAAGAAACUCGAUAUGCUGGAAAGGGACAACGCGGUGCUCGUGGGCCAGUUCACGCAGAAGGCGCACGAGAUGCACAACGAGAUCAUCGACCUGCCGGACUCGACGGAGGCGCUGCAGGAGCUGGCGCUGCGCCUGCGCGAGCAGCUGAUCGCGUGCGCCGUGGGGCGCGAGCGCGCGCUGCAGGACGCGGCCGAGCUGCGCGCGCAGCUGCUGGAGCAGGGCGCGCUGUGCCACCACCACGACGCCGAGCUGGCCCGCACGCGCCAGCAGCUGCGGGACGCCCAGGACGCGCUGGCCCGCCUGCAGACGGAGCGCUCGCAGAUGGGCGAGCUCGGCGACAAGCUGCGCCAGUCCAGCGACAUGAUCGAGAAGCUGCUCGAGGACAAGAAGCGACUGCAGACGGAGGUGGCGGAGCUGCGCUCGCGCGUCUUGGUGCUCCAGCAGGAGCUGGACAAUAGUGAGAAAGUGCAGCAGGACUUCGUCCGACUAUCGCAGUCCUUGCAGGUUCAACUACAACGCAUCCGCGAGGCAGACACGGAGGUGCGGUGGCAGAACGACGAGGACGUCAGCGAGUGCCCUUCCUGUCACGUCUCGCUGCCGAACAGCAAGAAAAAGGUGCACUGCCGGCACUGCGGGCGCAUCUUCUGCGCGGCGUGCGUGGCGCACGUGGUGCCGGCGGGCCCGCGGCGGCUGCCGGCGCGCGUCUGCACCGUGUGCCGCACGCUGCUGCAGCCGCACACCGCGCCCUACUUCAGCACCGACCCGCCGCACUCGCCCGACUAGCGCGGCGAGCCGACGCGUCCGCGGCCCCGCACCCGACCGGGUGGCGACUUCGAGAAUUAAACUCGCAUCUUACAUGAUUCACUGAGAUCUUAAAUCUUUCAAAAUAAAAAAGACCCAGGGUGACAGAGACGGAAACAUUACACCCCCUGCCGCGCUCAUUCCCUCGCGCUGACCGCAUACCACUGUAAAAGAAAGUACCGCCUAUUCUCGUUUAAAUGCGUAUUAAACAGAACUAAUACUAGAAUUGCGUAACAACAGCAUACAGUCACGUAGUAGAUGACGUGAGUCAAACUUGCGUCGGUUUGAAGACAGAUAAUAAACAGUAAUUUAAUAAAAAAUAGAAUAGAUAGAACAAGUCUAGCUAGGUAACGAAUCGUGUUUCAUCAUAAAUUAUAAUAAUAGUAUUUA